AUGUAUGGUCUCCCACCCUUCACCAUGGCCUUCGAUGAGCGCAAAUCCCAACAGGGGAUUGAAACGGAUCCUGUACAGAAUCGUUCUGUCGAGAUGGAGGACCACAGCAAGAGGGAUAUCUCGCAUGUCGAGCGCGUCCUAUCACCGGAUGACGAUUUGAGGAAAGAGGACACGGACCACACCCUCGUCGACAAGGAGAUUCAGAUGUACGCUGCGCGCGGACAGGUAGAAGUUGACGAGGAAACCAAUUCCCGGCUGAAGAAGAUGAUCGAUCGCCGCAUCUUGGUUAUUAUGAUCUGCACAUACUUUCUCCAGGCACUAGACAAGGGAACCAUGUCCUUCGCUUCUAUAAUGGGGAUCAAGAAAGAUGGAGGCCUCGAGGAUGGUCAGAAGUACUCCUGGUUGACGACAUGUAUCUAUAUCGCCGUGCUGAUUGUCGAGUACCCAACCAACUGGAUCAUCCAGCGUGUUCCCAUCGCCAAGUAUCUCGGUAUCAAUAUCUGUAUCUGGGGAGGUAUUCUGGCCAUGCACGCUGCUUGCCAUAAUUUCACUGGCUUGGUAGUUGUUCGGACCUUGCUUGGAAUAUUCGAAGCCUGCUGCCAACCCAUAUUCGUGCUUCUGUCAUCGAUGUGGUAUAAGCGUGAAGAGCAGGCGGCAACGGUCACAUACUGGUACAUGAUGAACGGCGGACAGCAAAUCGUCGGUGGUCUCCUGGCAUACUGUUUCACACUGAUCGGCCACGACAAGGUGAUCAAGUCGUGGCAAGCACUUUUUCUGACGUACGGAUGCUUCUCCGUGCUUUGGGGUCUGUUCGUCAUCUGGUGGAUGCCAGACUCGCCGAUGCGCGCCAAAACCGGUAUCCAGAACAAAAAGUUCCGGUCUUAUCAGAUGUACGAGGCAUUCCGCGAUCCUCAACUGUGGUGCUAUUGCAGCAUUCAGAUUUUCACAACACUCCCGACCAGUGGUCUUGGUGCGUUUGCCGGAAUCAUCAUGACGAGCUUCGAGUUUUCCGUCUUGGAAAGCCAGUUGCUUGCCAUGGUCCUUGGGUUUUAUAUUAUCAUCAUUCUUCUGAGUUCUGCGUGGCUGGUGAAGAAGUUCCAGCAGAACUUGCUGGUGAUGCUGGGAUUCAUCGUCCCGUCUUUCAUCGGAACUAUUGUCCUGAUGACUGUUGAGAAUACCACGCUCGCCACCAAGGUCGGACUGCUGAUCAGCUAUUAUAUCACGCUGUCUUUCUGGUCCGCCCAGACUUUGUGUCUGUCCAUGGUAUCCCGCAAUAUUGCCGGGCAGACCAAGAAGGCCACCGUCGUAGCGGCAACAUUCAUCUCGUGGGCUGCAGGGAAUGCCAUUGGUCCGCAAGUAUUCCUCGACUGGGAUGCGCCGCGAUACCAUAUCGCGUGGAGUGUGCACCUCGCCUGCUACUCCUGUAUGACUGUGGCGGUUACCUUCCUGCGCUUCUACCUCAUUCGCCAGAACAAGAAGAAGGAUGAGAUCCUCGCCCAGGCCGGACUCAGCGCAGCGGAUCCGAAUCUCGUCCAUGCUUUUGAGGACAAGACGGAUCAGGAGAACUUGAACUUCCGGUAUAUUUAUUAG